AUGAUGAAUUCAGGCGGAUACUUUCCAGGUUUUCCAAUGAUGGGUCCAAGAGGAAUGAUGCCAAUGAUGCCUCCCUUUCUGCCACCUCCACCACCUGUCACUGGAUUUCAACAAAUGGGUGGAUCAAUGAAAUCUGAAGAUGGUUCAACAAUUUAUGCUAGUCCUCAAUUAUCAGAUAAUGCGAAAAAAUCUUUAUGGACCGAAUACAAAGCACCAGAUGGACGAGCAUAUUAUUAUAAUAGUGUAUCCAAAGAGUCAAAAUGGGACAAACCAGAUGAACUCAAAACACAAGUUGAAUUAAUGUUAGCCCAAUGUCCAUGGCGAGAAUAUAAAGCGCAGAAUGGAAGAGUAUAUUUUCAUAAUGUAGAAACGAAAGAAUCACGAUGGGUAAAACCAAAAGAAUUUGAAGACUUAGAAAAGCUUUUACAGCAACAGCAACAAGAACAAAAUGCACAAAAUGCUGCGCAGUCAGGAGCGGCGGCUCCGUUACCUCCUAUGGGCAACCCAUUCGGUAUGAUGCCCUCAAUAUUGCCAUUUGGUAUUUCUCCUCAAAUGAUGAACUCUAUGCAACCAUUUGAUCCUAGUCUCACCGCAGUAGAUGGGAAGCAAUUGGGAGAAAUUGAUUUGCCAUCGAAUGAGAAUAGUCGUCAGAGUCAAGAUGAUACAGACACCGAUAAUGAGAAGGACGGUGGAGCAAGUCAAGAUGAUGAUAAUAACAGCGAAUAUGGAAGCGCAGCAAAUACACCACAAAGUCAACCAAAAAUUGAAUUCAAAAAUAAGAAAGAAGCAAUGGACGCAUUCAAAGAAUUGUUAAGAGAGAAAAAUGUCCCAUCGACCGCAACAUGGGAACAAGCGCUGAAACUGAUAGGUAAUGAUGCUCGAUAUCAAGCAAUAAAACAUAUCAAUGAAAAGAAACAAGCUUUCAAUGCGUAUAAAGUACAACGAAUUAAAGAAGACAAAGAUCAAGAACGAAUCAAGUUAAAACAAGUGAAAGAAGAAUUUGAAACGUAUCUACAACAAUGUGAACAUAUGAAUUCAACAAUCAAGUAUAAAAAAGCUGAACAAAUGUUUGGACAUUUGAAUAUUUGGACAUCUGUACCAGAACGAGAACGUCGAGAAUUAUACGAGGAUGUUGUCAAUUAUUUGGAGAAAAAAGAAAAAGAAGAAGCAAAAGCAUUGAAAAAACGCAAUGUUAAAGCACUGAAAGAUAUUCUUGAGAAUAUGGCAAAAGUAACGUUUCGUACAACAUGGCAAGGAGCACAGCGGUUGCUAUUGGAUAAUGUUGAAUUUGUUCACGAUACAGAGUUGCAGAAUAUGGAUAAAGAGGAUGCACUGAUUGUAUUCGAAGAUCAUAUUCGACAAUUAGAAAAAGAACAUGAAGAAGAAAUGGAAGCACAAAGAAAGUAUAUUAGACGAUCUUAUCGAAAAAAUAGAGAAGCAUUUUUGUAUUUCUUGGAUGAAUUACAUGAUCAAGGUAAACUGCAUUCAAUGUCUCUAUGGGUCGAUUUAUUUAGUGUCAUAUCGAGUGAUGACCGCUUUACUCGAAUGUUAGGACAACCAGGUUCAACUCCACUGGAUUUAUUUAAAUUUUAUGUCGAAGACCUAAAAGCCAGAUUUCAUGAUGAGAAAAAAAUUGUUAAAGAAAUCUUGAAGGAUAAAGGUUUUACAGUCGAAACUGAUGCAACAUUUGAAAAAUUUGCAGAAAUUAUUUCAACUGAUAAACGAGCAACAACAUUAGAUGCAGGAAAUAUUAAAUUAACUUAUAACAGUUUAAUUGAAAAGGCGGAAGCAAAAGAAAAAGAACGAUUGAAAGAAGAAGCACGAAAACAAAAACGUUUGGAACAAAAUUUUAAACAACUAUUAAAAAAAUUAGAAAAUUUAAAUGAGAAUACAAAAUGGGAUGAAGUCAAAAUUCAAUUAGAAUCGGAUCAAGAUUAUCAAGCUGUUCAACCGGAAUCAGAGCGUCAACGAUUAUUCUCAGAAUACAUGGCGACGAUAACACAAGCCUGUUCUCAUACACAAAAUAAAAGACGAAAAGACAAGAAAAAGAAGAAAAAACAAGCAAUUCAACAAACAAAUCAAAGUGAUACAGAUGAAAGUGUAAAUGAAGAAGAAAAACGUUCAUCAAAAAAAAAGAAAACAAUAACAGAACCUGUUCCAGUACUACCUCCUGAUAUUCAACAAACGGCUGAUGAAUCUGCCGAAUCAAAUCAUGAAAGUGAAGGUGAAGCAAAAGACAGUGAUAAUGGAGGUGGUGAUGUACCACCAACGGUCCCUACUUCUAAUUUAACAAAAUCAAAAAAAGCAAAAAAAUCGAAAAAGAAAAAGAAGAAGAAAACGUCAUCCAGCGGUAGUGCAAGUGAAGCAGAGGAGGAUAAAAAGAAAAAGAAGAAAGAAAAAUCCUAG